AUGUUAGCGCUCGGCUUUUUCGCUGGCUGGCUCGAAUCUUUCCUAUCAAAUCGAUCUACAAGGUUGCAGCUUCCCGGAUAUCUCAGGAACCUUAUUCUAACCCCUACCGGUAUCCCCCAGGGAUCCCCUAUAUCGCCGAUCCUAUUCCUCCUAUUCAACACCCCCCUUAUUCGCGCCCUGUUAAUUGACGGUAUCGAGGCCCUUCGGAUUCAGCCACCCUUCCUGGAGGGAGGCAAGACGGUCCCCUACGGGUGGAUUGACGAUGUUGCUACCCUGGCCAUCUCGGAUAGCUACGCGGUCAACCAGCGUCUUCUAGAGAGGGCCCUAGAUAAGGCCGCGCUGCCCAUUAAGGACUACGCAACCAGCUUUAUCAUUAAGCCAGUGGAGUACGCCAAAUACCUAGAAAUCUGGCUCGAUAGGAUCCUUUCGUUUGACACUUACAGGGCCAAGGCCCUUGCUAAGGCGAACAGGACCUUGGAAGCCCUCCGCAGCAUCUCAGGCUCGACCUGGGGGACCUCCAUGCUGAGCAUGCGCCGCAUCUACCUAGCAGUAGUAGUCCCUCAGCUGCUCUACGGGGUAACAGUUUGGUAUAGCCCUAUAAGCCAGACAGUCAACUACAAGAAGCUCCAGAAGACGGUCAAUGAAUUUCAGAGAAUUCAAACCCGCGCAGCUAUUUUUAUCAGUAGCGCAUUCCGUAAUACGGCCUCAGCCGCACUAGAGGUAGAGCUUUACCUUCUCCCUAUGCGAAUACAGAUGCAACAAACCAUUCAAGAAACGGCUAUUCGGAUCCAAACCGGGCCGGCCAUGGCCUGCCCCCGGGGGCUGCGCUGGGAAAGGUCAAAGGAGGCAUUCAAGGCCUCCGGAUACUCUCCGAUGGAGGCGCUGAAGUGGAAGAAAACAGGCCCGCUAUAUGGAUACGGCAGCAGGCAGGAGGAGUGGGAAUCCAGACGGGCUCAUAUGUUGGCCCCGUGGGAGUUACCCCUCAGGUAUAUCAUUAAGGGGGCAGAGAAAGCAGUUCAGACCCACGAUAGAGUCUGCCGCGAGGACCGGCAGAUCUGGUAUACAGAUGGAAACGGCUAUCAGAAAAUGAUUGGAGCUGCCGCAGUCUCUAUUCGAGCAGGCAGGACCGCCAGGAAACACCUAGGAACGGAACUGGACUCUACGGUCUACGUGAGAAAAUUGGAAGGGGCCCGAAUGGCCCUAGAUCGGUCGAAACCUAUCCCGAUCACGAUUUUCUCAGACAGCCAGGCAGCUAUUCAAGCCGUGCGCAACCCUGGCCGACCAUCGGGCCAGUACGCAUUGUGGGCUAUCUACGAGAGGAUCAGGACUCUGCAGAGCAAGGGCCUAGAGGAUGCUGAAUUACGUUAG